AUGGGUGAGGCUGAAAAACUACAUUGGAGUUUUUUCCUCGGUUUAUAGGUAAAAACGACUAAAAAACCCAAAAAACUUUAGUAUUAAAAAGCAUCAUGGUGAAAAUGUAAGUAACUUCAAAGCGAUGGUUGAAAAAGUCACGUGUAUUUUUGCUCAAAAUUAGUGGAAAAACUAUAGGAAAAAUAUAUGCACUGACAUUAUAUAUAUAACAAUACUCUCUUAUUUAUAAAUAAGACAUCUCAAAUGAAUGCAUAAUAGUGUAAUACAUAUGAUAUAAUUUUCAUCAUCAAUCUAGUUUAAAAAACCUACACUCUGAAAAAGAUAAAAGUCGAAAUCAAGAGUAUAUUGGGCAAUAAAAAACUAUAAUAGCAAGCACAUAAAAUACAAUCACGAACAGCUAUCUAUAAAAUAAAAUCAGACACAAAAAGAUAUAUAUAAAAUAAAAAAAUAAAUAUUUAAAAAAAAGUAUGGGAAAACUUCACAUCUAAAAAUUUUCAUGUGAUUUUCUGAUAGUGCAAAAACAGGUGUAAAAUAUAGCAAAUCUGACAAACACAGACGAAAAAAAAACUUCAAUGUAGUUUUUCAGCUAGACCCAUAAAAUAUGAAGUCCCUAGUCCUAAUAUGCAUGCUCUUAGGAGUAUUCGGGUCCUUAGAAACCAAAAAUAAGCUUAUAGAAUGCGAAGUCUGCAGAGAAGCGUUCAAGUAUAUCCAGAAAUGGACACUUAAUCCGGACAUAUGAAGCUUCCCUAUUGAUGUCGCUGUUGAAAUAUGCAUAAAAUUCAAUGGGUAUACUGAGCCUGUCUGCCGUGGAGCCAUUCAAGAAAAUGUUCUUAUAGUAACAGAAAGUCUUGCAAGACGCUAUUUCGACCCAGAUUUUGCCUGUUCUGCUAUCGAACUUUGCGAUUCUCCUAAAUAUGUAUAUAUUUUUCACAGUAUAAAAAAUUUUUAAAUAUUUUUAUUUAAAAAAUAAUAUUAUUAUUUAAGGGAUAAGAGAAAAUUUCACCGAAUGGCAAAACAACGUACUUGCCUCCAAGCCAUCAGCUCCAGCUCCUACACCUUCUAAUCAAGGGACUUUCAAGUUCGGGCACAUGAGUGAUUUACAUAUUGAUGCCUUUUACCAAGAAGGAGCCAAUUCCAAUUGUGGACUACCACUAUGCUGUAGAGAAUGGAAUGGACCUGGAACUUCAGGGUCUUGGGGAGACUACAACUGUGAUAUCCCAGUCAAAACCCUUGAAACAGCUAUCAGCCAAAUGAGCAACCAAGACUUAGACUUUGUGAUUAUCACUGGAGAUUUGCCUCCUCACGAUGUCUGGAAUCAGUCGCAAUCCUAUAACUUGCAAUACCAGUCCAUUGUGGCCAACCUAUUUGAGAAAUAUUUCCCAACGACUCCAGUUUACUACAUGUUCGGAAACCAUGGACCAUUCCCAGUAAACGCUUUAGACCCUACAAAUUCAUCAUGGUUCUUAAACCCAGUCACUGAAAUCUGGGGAAGCUGGCUUGAUGCCCAAGCAAUUGCAACCUUGAAAAGCAAAUGGGCUUAUUCUAUGGUACACCCAGGCACCAACCUUAAGCUUAUAGCACUUAACACCCAAGCUUGCAAUAACGGGAAUUUCUUCUUGUUUGUAAAUGUAACCGAUCCUUUGGGACAAAUCGAAUGGCUUGAAAACGAGCUGAGCCAAGCUGAGAAAAGCGGUCAAGUUGUCUACUUUUACGCACAUAUCCCAAUUGCAAGUGGUGACUGCUUAUAUGCUUGGGCAGCCCAUGUUAACACUUUGAUUGACAGAUAUUCUAAUAUUAUUGCAGGACAGUUCUACGGACAUACUCAUAAUGAUGAGUGGCAUAUUAAUAGAGGGAUAAAAACUAAUGAACCACUCAGUAUUCAAUGGGUAGCUCCAAGUGUGACUACUUAUCAAGGCUUAAACCCUUCAUUUAGAAUCUAUGAAGCAGACACUGUGACUAAGCUUGUCACUGAUGUCCAUCAAUAUAGAUUAGAUUUAGCAGCUGAUCAAGCAUGAAACUCCCCAACCCCCCAAGCCAAACUGCCUAGUCUUGAUAAUAAGAAAUAUAAGAUAUAUUGCAGUAUUUUCGCUUCUAAGUUAUUAAAAUAUAUAUUUAAUAUCCACUAUAUACAAAGUUUUUGAAUGACUAGAAAUUUAGCUCAUAUUUUUGUAUUAAAUUUAAAUAAGAAUAUCAUGUUUUAUAUGUAAAAUAAGUUAUUUUUAUUUAUUUACAUAUUAAAGUGCAUUAAUUUAGCGAAAUCGAUGCUAAUUAUUGUAUGGUACAAUAAUGCAUAAUUAUGAUUAAAUUGAUUAUUUGUGUCUAUCCCUUUUAAAGUAGAAUUUUACGGUAUUAAUGUUUAAAAUACAAUAAUUAAGCGAUAUCCAGCGUAUUUCUCUAUUAACUCCUUUAUUUAUUAGUCUAAAAACUUUUAUCAUAUAAAAAAAAUUUUGUUUAUAGUAGAAUAUAAAAUAAUUUAAAUAUGUAAACAUGCUAUAAAUAGCGUUUUAAUAGCCUAGAAGUAAAAUCCUGCAAUUUCUCUUCUGCUUCUUAUUACCAAGACUAGGUAGUUUAAUAUUGAGGAGGUGUAGGGGGUGGGUUUUAUGCUUGACCAAGCAGCUGCCAAUCUUAACCCAACAGUCACCCCUACCUUUGAACUUGCUUACUCGUAUCUAGAUUUAUAUGGAGUUUCUGAUUUAACUCCUCAGACUAUGUUUGAAUAUGCUAACUCUUUGGCUAGCAAUGCUACUGGAGCUCAGCAAUGGUGGGAUAAUUACUAUACAGGCCGCAAUCCUUCUUCAAGUUGCAAUGCUGCUUGUAGAAAUAAUCUUGUCUGUGAGCUUACGUGGGGAACAAGCGUAUUGCAGGGAGUUUGCAAGAACUCAACAGGAUCAGGACUUUCUAAUGAACUAGUCGAGGCACUAUUUGGACCAUGGGAAUAUAAAGUGGGCUCUAGCAUAAUCUAA